UACUUCGUCUUGUCAUAGCAUCUGAACAGUUUCAGUCAGGUCAGCACCAUCAGAGCUUAAUAUGCAUCAGACGUUCUCGGUUAUGUUAUAAAAUAUACGUGCUUUUGUUACAUUAUAUCAACAAUUUUUUUAUUUUCCAAGAUUAUAAUGGAUACCGUCCACAGUAUUUCCAGUGUUAUUCAGAACUACUGGAAGUGGACGAGAUACAUGGCGAUCCAAACCCUGGCAAAAAUAGCAGAAUUCAUAGCCCUGAAUUGUCUCGCGUUAUAUUACAUGGUUGAGGCAGUAGUUUGGAGUAUGACGCCAUCAUUUUUGAUUCCUGAAAAGAGUAUCAGAGGAAAAGUGGUUUUGGUGACAGGUGGAGCUGGAGGAUUAGGACGAGAGUUGGUCCUUCGACUGGCAAGGCAGGAUGCCAGAGUUGUUGUUUGGGACAAUAACGAAAAAGCCAUGGCCGAACUCACAGAGAAGACUAAAAGUGAAGGUCACCUCAUCCAUACAUAUCCUGUUGACGUUACCGAUAGAGAAGUAGUUUAUAAAUAUGCCAAAAUGGUGAAAGAAGAUGUUGGCCCUAUUGAUAUUCUCAUCAAUAAUGCUGGAAUAGUUUGCGGUCAAACAUUCUUGGACAUUCCGGAUUAUAUGAUUGAGAAAACAUUCAAAGUGAACAUUUUGGCACAUUACUGGACAGUGAAGGCAUUUCUACCAGAUAUGAUGAAGAGGAAAGAAGGACAUAUAGUAACAGUUGGUAGUUUAACAGGCUUGAUUGGUACCUAUAAAUGUACAGAUUACAGUGCUUCAAAAUUUGCUACAGUCGGAUUCCACGAGAGCUUGUCCACAGAACUAAAGACGCAUGGUCACCACAAUAUCAAUAUGACUUUAAUAUGCCCUUAUUUUAUCAAUACUGGUAUGUUUGAUGGCUGUAAACCGAAAAAUUUUCCAAUGUUGGAACCAAAAGAUGUAGCCAAACGGAUAAUAACUGCUAUAAAAAGAGACGAAGUAUUUAUCACUUUACCUGCAUCUUCCCGUUUUGUGAUACCAUUGAAAAAUUAUCUACCGUCAAAACUGGGAUGGGCACUUAUGAUUAGAGUUAUUAAAGGUCCACAGUCAAUGAUGGGCAUGAGAUCUUUUAAAGAAAUCGAAGCAGCAUGAUAGUUAGUAUAAGAAUGAUGUUAUUGUUUCCUUGUAGUUGUUUAGUAAAAUCUAAAAAACAAA